AUAGCAACCGACAAUAACAGCGCCGCGGCAUACCUUAUACCGCGUAGAGGUGUAACCGGGGUACCACCGCAUCGGCAUGCAGUUCACAACUCAUUUCACUUUCAUCUCGCGUCUUUCGCGGUUCCGUGCGUUCGCGCUCCAGCUAUACAUGUACUCUUUUACGUAACAAACAAAUCUUUUAAUACAGUGUGACAUGUUAUAAGUAGAUUAAAAUAGUGUACACGUGUGCCGUAAUAUAUUGUGCCUAAUAAUCAAUAAGUGAAACAAAGAAAACGGAAUUAUAGUGCCAAAACAUGUGCCACAAUAAGUUUUAAGUACCUACCACCUAAUGAUAGAGAAUUAAUCGCGUUAAUUGAACGUUUGCGCGCGAAAAAUUAAUCGAAUGAAAUAGGCGUGUGCGGCGCGCAACCAAAUUUGGCAAAUGGAAGGUAAAAUCUCACACAGUGGGCUCCUGGCGCGCAGUCCCGAAGGACACGCCGCCCGUGGAAUGCAAAUCAAAGGAAACGAAGAUGUCUGGGUGGAAAUUCAAGCAAACACAUUCAGAAACUGGGUGAAUGAGAAUCUCCCCGGUGAUUUACGUGUCGUGGACCUAUCGCAGGACCUUUGCAGUGGUGUACGUCUUUGUACUUUAGUGGAAAAACUGCAGGGACAUGCAAUUCGGCCAUCUUGGAACCGACGACCAAUGAAUCAACAUCAUCAUUUGGAAAAUGUCACAUGUGCAUUGAAUGCCAUUGAACAAGAUGGCGUCAAGUUGGUUAACAUCGGUAACACAGAUAUUGUCAACGGCAACUUAAAAUUAAUCCUGGGAUUGAUUUGGUCAUUGAUUGUUCGAUAUCAAAUCGGAAGAUCUAAGUUCCCUCCGAGGAAAUUGAUGCUCGCCUGGUUGCAGGCUGUAUUACCAGAAUGCAAAGUUCACAAUUUGACCACCGAUUGGAAUUCGGGUGUUUUGUUAGCUGCCCUGGUUGAUUACUGCCGACCUGGGUUGUUCCCACAUUGGAGGAGUCUUGAUAAACACAAUGCUAUUGAUAACUGUCGACAAGCCAUGCGGAUUGCUCACCAGGAACUUGGAAUUCCAGCUGUUUUGGAACCAGAGUAUUUAGCGUCACCCUGGUUGGAUGAGUUGUCUGGGAUGACUUAUCUGUCAUAUUUUAUGAAACCUGGAUCUCCUGGUUUCUAUGCUACCUUGCGAUGGGUUAAUUCUAGGUUGAACAGACCUAUUGAGAAUUUUACGUCUAAUUGGAAUGAUGGUAAAGCCAUAUCUGAAGUGAUAAGAUCUUUGGGUGGGUCAGCGGUUGCUCCCGAGAAGCUCCGCAGUGAACAAGCUUACUGGGAGACCAAUUUAACUCAAGCAGUUGAAGCUGGUAAACGUUUAGGUGUCCAACCUGUUUUAUCUGCUAAGGACAUGGCUGAUAUCAAUGUGGAACAUCUUGGAGUGAUGGCCUACGCUGCCUACUUUCAAUGGGUACCAGAACGUCCUCCAAUGCAUGACCUUAUCAAGGUUAAAAUUGAUUCCACGUCUGGUAGAGUUGGUGAAACUACGCAUUAUCAAGUUACCAUUUUGGACAACUCAUUGUCCUACCACAAACUUACCACGGAGAUUAGAGGACCCGAUUCCAAGGUGUACCCACAAAAGAACCUCUCGAAUGGUCACGGAGAGUUUGUCCCUCAAAUGGGCAUGCAUGAGAUUAUUGUUUUGUAUGAUAGAGAAGAAGUAUCAUCUAAACAUUACUUCAGAGCUCUACCACCUUUGGUUGAAGUGGAAGCACCUGGUAUGGCUCCGUGUGCCUUGGGAUCUUUGGUUCAAGUCCUUGUUAAUGCCACAGGUGCCCCUCGAAGGGAAGACAUCUUAGUGACAGCUUACAGUCCAGGUGGAAGACCUUUAGAAUGUCCUCUUCAUACCAUUGAUGGUACCAACACUGCUACGUUCAAACCAGAUGAAGCUGGUGAAUGGCGUAUUGAAAUUACCUAUCAGGGUAAACAGAUCCAAGGUGGACCAUUUACUUGCGCUGUAUUUGACCCCAAUGGAGUAGUGGUUUCUGGUUUAGAAGGUGCUCUACCAAUGGUACCACAUGCCAUAGAUUUAGACUGUAGAGAUGUCUGUGUACCUGGUGAAGUCUACGCUGAUGUGGUCCACGAUAAAAAGUCUAUUCACACGCGUAUGGAACGAGUUGAUCAUGAGGGUUAUCUUCAUAGAGUCCAUUUUACUCCUGAAUACCCAGGUAAACACCGGGUGUAUGUUUAUUUCAAUGGAUAUGACGUUAAGGGAAGUCCAUUCAUGAUGCGUGUUGGUACCCAAAAGAAGAGCAAAUCUUUAACUCCAAGUCAACUUCACAAUUUGUCUGCUAGUCCAGUGACCACUUUACAAGCAGCUAACUUAAACAGUCCCAUUACGAAUAAAAACAUUCGACAGAUGACAGCUAGUCCUAUCUUUGGACAUGGUGGUUAUGGAACUCAUCAAGGACAUCAAAUAACCCAAACGGAUUAUGCUAAUAUGCAUUCAUCCAGGUUGACAGAAAGAAGAAUGUCUUCACCAACAGUGGAAACAGCUUACAUUCCAAGGGCUUCUAGUCCUUCCCUUGCUCCUAGGACACAGAGUCCUACUUUUAGACCUACCAGUCCCAAUUUCCGUCCAUUGAGCCCACGUCCUCAAAGCCCUUCAUUGUAUCUGGCUGGUAAAAAAGUUAACCAAUCCGGGGAGUAUAGAGAUUAUCGCACAAAUGAACCAAUUCCACGUUUGGCGAAGAAAGAAAGGGAAUAUGAAAGUACUUAUAUGAAGUCAUCAUCUCUUGGGUUCCAAGGACAUCAAUCCGAACGACAAGAACGACAGGAACGUCAAGAAUCCCGGAAUUACUUAACCUCAAAAUUGCAAUCAAUGAGAGUAGAAAGCCCUAAUCCGUAUAGCUAUGGAGGACGGGAUACGCCUGAUAGAGAUGUUGAACGUUUUGAUACAUCUACACCUUUGAUCAAAAUCAAUGAUUCCGGGUCACCUCGUCUUGGAAGUUGGGAUGCCAUUAAAAGAACUGGUGUUACAAACAGUCAGAGUUAUUCUUCAAUGGAGGAGAAUCAUGAGUCAAGAUAUGAAAGUAAAAAUUAUGGGUUUCGUAGUUUAGGGAAAACUGGAGCUGAUGCUGUGAGGGUUUCUCCGAUCCCGGAUGGUGUCAUUGGUCAACCAGUAGAAUUUGAUAUUGAUGGUUCCGGGGCUGGUUCAGGAGACUUGGAGAUUCUCGUGGAAGGAGGUAAGGUCACCUCGAGUGUAAAAUCACUUGGUGGGCAGCGUUUCAAGGCUGCUUUCACCCCACAUCAGGCGUUGCCCCAUCGGGUCGACAUCAGCUUCAAUGGGGAGACGGUCCCUGGCAGCCCUUGGCGCGUGAACGUCAUGUCAGCGUCCGGCAUGUCCGUCAUGGGUGAUACGACGCGGCUGGUACCCGCCAACGUGCCGGCGAUCUUCGAGAUCAUCACCAGUGGCAAUACGGCACCUGAUGAUUUAGUGGUGCAUGUUAUCGCACCAAGUAAACGCGCGGUUAAUGCGAGGGUGUUACCUGGUGCGCGUGCGGGUGUACAAAGUGUUGAGUUUGUACCCUCGGAAGUGGGUACCCACAUUGUGGAGGUUUUGGUGAAUGGCGAAAAAUUGCCAAGUGGACCUUUAGUUGCGAAAGUGUAUGAUGCAGGGCUUAUACAAGUUGCUGAUGUUAGCGGCGGCGUUGUGGGACAACCUGUUCAAUUCAGAGUUGAUGCAAGUCAAGCAGGUGAAGGACAACUUGAAAUCUCAAUCAACGAAGGAGAAGUCCCUAAUCACGUCCAAGUAGUUGGAGGUGGUCGUUGUUUAGUCUCCUUUACCCCAGACCAUGCAAAACCCCAUUUGAUUGAUAUAAAAUUCAAUGGUGAGACAGUCCGAGGUUGUCCAUUUGUUUGCUCGGUGACAGAUACCUCGAGGGUGAUUCUAAGCCUGAGCCAUCUUGAAUUAAUCCCUGUGAACCAACCCAGUUCAUUCCACAUGGGUGUGGCAGGGGGUGGAGCUGCAGAAUUAGCAGUUGCAGUACGUGGACCAGUCGGGGAACUACCCGUAAAAGUCACAGGCGAUAUCCAUAGUGGAUUCACAGCUGAAUUCACUCCGAAUCUAGUAGGAGCUCAUCAGAUCAAUGUAGAUUACAAUGGUAGACCUGUUCAAGGUACACCCUUCAUUGCCAAAGCCUUUGAUUCCACCAGGGUAACAGUCGGACAUGUUGCAAGAGGCACUGUUGGGAGACCUGUGACAUUCUCAGUUGAUGCUAGUGAAGCUGGGGAAGGAAAUCUGGAGAUUACCAUCAGUGCUAGAGGUUUAAAUAUUCCAACACAAGUACACCCGCAGGGAAAUGCAAAGUUUGCUGUUAGUUUCGUGCCGGCUGAGGCCUGUGACCAUGUGGUUAAUGUAGCUUUCAAUAAACGACCCGUCGUGGGAUGUCCCCUGAUUGUAGGGGUUGGUGGAGGUGGAGCGGGACCUAGUGUCACCCUCCGGGACCUGGACCCGUACACAGACCAAGCACGUUGUUGAUUAAUCAUCCGGGACGUCUAGAGGAUAUUGAAGUGAAUGUCGAGGGACACAGACGUCUGCUCUACUAACACCCUUCCCUCAACUCUCCCACAAACUGUUUCUAAAACAUAAAAACCUAAACAUAACCUCAAAAAUGCUUUAAAUGAGGUUAUGUGUCCUUUGAAUGUUUUUUAAUUUAUCUUAAUCUAAGUUAUGACUAACACCUUUACGAUUACAAGUAUUAACAAAUACAUUUAAACACUUUUAUAAAUAUUGUUUAUGUAAAAAUCGAACAAACGUUGCCAUAUUCGUUACAUUUCGUCUUGAAUUCUUCAUGGAAUCAUUGGAAAAUCUGUGUGUUUCUCUGUGCUUAUCACGUUAUUCAAGCCUUGAGCAUGAAUUAGUAUACAUUUUACUCAGCUCGUAAUUCGACGAUAAGUGUGCUGUGUGAAUAUCACAAUAUAUGUAGAUGUAUCGGCAAUGCAUGGGAAGGCUGUCGAAGAAUGCGAACGAACAAAUAUGGAACUUUCUCGUCUCUCGACUCUCGCGACUUGAAAUUUAAACGAUAAAACACACGUCGUGCAUUGCAAAAACAUUCAAACACAUUAGGAAUCAUUGUUAUUAUAUAUUUCGUUUCGGUUUUGUUUCAUAUUGUUUCGUUCAAUGUUUUUAACUUGGGGCGUUGUUGCUUUGUUCAAGUUGUGUUAUUAGAUUGUCAUUAAUUUACGAGUUUCACGCGAACACAAAGUGAUUAAUAAUAAAUUAACGUUAAUUGUUUCACAUGCGCAUGCGCACACGUUUAAUACACGCAUCAAUAGAAGCUGUGUGUGCAGCAACGUAAUAAACAAAUGAAGCUGCGCUGGAAUUAUUAUCCGGAAAUCGGAACACACGUUUUUGCUCUCUUACAUCUUGCUCUCGUACUUCACGUGCCAUAUGUUCCUGACAAGUGUUACAACUUUCUUUUCGCGUACUUCGCGGUUUGUAAAAAGAAUGAAAAACGCACGCGACUUGUAAUAAACUAUAAAGACGCGUGCGCAUGCGUGGCGUGCUUUUCACUGCGCAUGCGCAAUGCACUUAAAUGCAGUUAAUGCACUUAUAAUGCGCCUGCAUCGAGUGGAAACGAGUUUUAUUGCAGGUGCAAAUAUAGCUCAAUCUCUAAUAUACGUUUCGAAGUCUCAAUAUUGCAUGAAAACAUUCAAUUUCUUUUUUUUUAUCGCUGCCGUCGAUUGGAAUUUAAUUUUUAUUAUUCAUUGCUGUGUUGUCGGUGAUUAUCUAUUUAUCACUCUAUUCUCUGCUGUAUGAGGCAUAACAGGUUGUUAAGCGGCUUUCAUUUGUCGUCUGCAAUUUGUUAAAUGUUGCCUUCCGCAUUUUUACCUGAUUUCUAUCGGGACAUUCGUGUUAAACUUGCACCUGUCAAUAGAACAUUAGAUAACGUAUUCAUUUCCGGUUGUCACAUUCAUGCGAUCAUUGGCCUGACGUUACUUAAGUCACUUUACAAUUUGCAUAUUGAUGGAGAAAGUUGAUUAACGCAUUCCAAGCGAAUUUCAUUCAGAAGAAUCGAAAUGACCAUAUUAUAAAAAAUGAAUAGAAACGCCGACAUUCCUCGAUUGCUUUCUUUCUGUAAUUUAUUGUACCAAUACGAAUUAAAUUAAUUACACGAACAAAGAACUGCGAACAAAUGAUAAUUACAAGUUAAUAUCACUUGCGAAACAAUUGAUUAAUUUAUUAUUUUAUGGUUUGAUGGUUUUAUUUGAAUUUUUGGUUGAUUUUUUGAUUUCCAUGAAGAAUUUACGAUUGAUAAAUGAUAACAAUAGUAAAUUAAUUAAAUUUACAAAAUACACAGAAUAAUCUAAAUAUUAUCCCUGCUAACCUAUAACAAUAACAAUAAACCGAAUAACAUGAAGGACCCGGUGGACAAUCCGUGCCCACACAAGUGCAACCCUUGGGUAAUGCCCAAUUCCGUGCGGAGUUCGUACCUCGAGUUGUUGGGGAACACAGAAUCAACGUCACCGUCGGCGGCGUCGCCACCGCCGGCAGCCCGUAUUC